AUGAUUCGUCUAUACGAUUGGAUCAACUAUUCGAUGGCCAUUCGCACGGAUGGACACGAUAUGAAACACUGGCUAUUCAUUAUCAGCUCAUUGUUGUUAUUAACACAGAUUCGGACGUCAGGCAAAGGCGCCUCCAAUUUCCGGGCCAUUGAGAAGCGUAUACUCGACUCCAUUAUCGGCGACGGACGCUAUGACUCCCGUAUCAGACCGUCCGGUGCCAACGCCAGCGCUGGUCAGGACGGUCCGGCGCUCGUCUCCAUUAACAUAUACGUUAGGAGUAUAUCCAGUAUAGAUGAUGUGACCAUGUAUUAA